CGUAACAAUGUAUUUAUCGAUCAUAUGCGUGAUACUCGUUGGCAGUGGUAUAGUUGACAGUGCCGUUCGUACAUCGCGUAUCGUUGGUGGUGAGAAGGCAAAAAUCGAAAAUUUCAAAUGGCAAGCCGCAUUGUUAGAGAAUUCAAAGAUUUUCUGUGGCGGAUCAAUCAUAACUCCAACCAAAAUAUUGACAGCCAGCCAUUGCCUUGAAGGAAAAACAGAUUUAACUAAGCUCCAGGCACGAGUUGGUUCAUCGAAUCCGUUGGAAGGCGGUGUUUUGAAAUCAAUUACUAAAAUUCGUUCCCAUCCGGAUUUCAAUAAACCAAGUAGCAUGAACAACGAUAUUUGUGUAGUUUUUCUCGGCGAACCGUUAACUUUUGGAACGACCAUAUGUGGAAUACUGUUGGCUGGAACAAGUAUUAUAUUACCACCGGAUACACAUGUUGUUGUUUCUGGAUUUGGAGUGAUAACACCGAAUGGCAAUAAAGUCGACGUACUACAUUCAGUGUCGGUGCCAAUUGUUGAUUACGAUCUAUGCUAUAAAAGCUAUAAAAGCUAUAAAGGGCCCGGAAAACUAACGAAGAAUAUGAUUUGUGCUGGUUUCUAUGGGGUCGGUGGGAAGGAUGCAUCCAAAGGCGACAGUGGAGGACCAUUGGUUUAUUCCGGCAAUUCAGAUCCGAUUUUAUACGGUGUUGUCUCAUGGGGAGCCAAAUGUGCCGAUCCAAAUUAUCCGGGAAUUUAUACAAAAGUCUCUGUUUACCGUGACUGGAUCAAUAAUGUCAAUUGAAAUGCUAACAUUUAUGGCAGCUGUUUUUAUUAUGAAGUUUGAUUUGAAAAAAUGCAACAAAUUAUGUUUCAUUGAAAUUUAAUAUGUACCAAAAUCCCAUUGAAAAGUCCAAUUUCUUGUUUAAAUAUUGUUUGGCCAUAUGGGCAAACAUUGAUCGAUAUGUCAUUGAGAGUACACACCAUACAAGGUGCCACAUUGCACAUACAC